GCGGAGCGGGACACCUCCACGGCUUAUGGCGUCCUCGCUCGCCUUUUAUCAGAUUCCUUGCCGCUGGCGGGAGGCACAGGCUGGCCCAUCGCUAUCACCUCUUACACGAGUCUGUGUCAAGUCUGCUGCUGGCCACAUCAGUAGUCAACUUGAAUAACUUUGCCUGUGUGUUGUCGUUGGAAAAUUUAGAAAAGCAUAGGGUGCAGAGACACGAAUGAUUUUUUCGUUGUGUGAGAAGUGUGUUGGUGGAUCAGAUUUGGGAAAACUUUGCUUGUAAGUUGCGUGAGUAAAGUGGACGUGGUGUUACAUGAUGUCCGGCAACACUGCAGCCAGUCUUCACGCCAGCCAGAGAGGGAAGAGCUUUGCUAUGGAGUACCUCCUUGGCGGCAGUAGCGGCGGGGGAGUGAAAGACAGUGGGGGUCCAGGUGGUGGGGCACUGGCACCACUAGGACUAAGCCUUCCGCAUCUCUACAACACUUGUUUACUGCCACACCUACCUGGUUUGCCACCCCCUCUUCUACCCUCUUUGCCGUACCCGCCCCUACAUCACUACCCACUUUCUCCUGCACUUGCGGGCUUUCAGGGUGCGCUGCCCCCACCUCUCCUAGGAUUAGCACCGCCAGGUCUAGGAGGUCGUCACCUGGGUGAGCUUAGCAUGUGCCGAAGGGAAUCCCUGGGUAUGGAGGGUCCUCAGAGCCCAGGCUCCGCUGGGGACCACACCAACACCUCUGAUUCGGAUCACCAUGACCAUGAUAAAUCAGACGACCUGGGCGACGACCUUGAGAUCGACCCCGUGGAGAGUGAGGACGAUGACGCUGGCUCAUCUGCCGAUCGCAACUCCAGGUCCGGUGAAGGCAGCGAGGGCGUGGGCGGUGGCACGGGUGUGGGUGGCAGCAAGUCCAGGAGACGGCGUACCGCCUUCACCUCGGAGCAGCUGAUGGAACUGGAGCGAGAGUUUCAAACCAAGAAGUACCUCACCCUCAGUGAACGUUCCCACAUCGCCCAGACCCUCAACCUUUCCGAGGUGCAGGUAAAAAUAUGGUUUCAAAAUAGACGUGCCAAGUGGAAGCGCGUUAAGGCAGGCCUGGUGUCAGGCUCGUCAGGUGGAGGGAAGAGUGCCACGUCUGGUCACAAGAUUAUUGUUCCUAUCCCUGUCCACGUCAACCGGCUCUCCAACCUCUCUCAGUCACAACAGAUGGAGAAAUCGUCCAGCUCUCCAGGAGUGAGUGGGGGAGGCGCUGGAGGUAUGAGUAGCAGCAACACGUCGCAGCUGCCAUCAAUUAAGCCCAUGGAUCCUCAGUCAAGCAUCCAAUCCCGACGCUCUGCCUUCCAGGGUCUGUCUCAGUCCCUGCCGGUGUCCCUGGGUCAGAGCCUCUCCCAGCCGCCCUUGCCCGUCUCAGUGCCACAAACAGUCCACCAAGCCAUGCCAGUUUCAUUGUCACAGACUCUCUCCUCUACUAUACCACAUCUCAGUCACGCUCCUUCCCUCGCCUUGUGAAGAGCUUCACGCAGGAGGUGACAUUGUUAUA